AUGCCACCUUUGGACGCAGUGCUUGAGGUCUUGCGAUGGGCAAAAUGUACGUUUUCGCGAGCAUUCACUAAGAAAGCAAAGCUAAGAUGGACAUUAGCUCACCAAAACUAUCUAAGGGUUCAGUCGAUCUCUCAGAUCCUGCCCCUUCAGAAGUUCGAGGAUAUCUGUCGCAAGGUUUACUUUGCCGUAGACAGCUACUCAGAGAUAGAUUUUGUUCUCACGACCGGGUUUCUAUCUUACAUGUUUGCUGAACACACAGUUUCGGAAGGGUCUGCAAGUUUCCGAGAUCAUUUCCAGCUCUGUCAGAGGAGCCUCGCAAAAGCCCUCUCACUCCUCCCAAUCAUGUUACCACCAUCCAUGGAGGUCAUUGCUGCGUUGACAUUUGGAGCAAUGGGACAUGGAGACGAACAAAGGAACACGGAAACCAGCUUGUUUUGGACCGUUUUCAAGUUCGAAAAGGGACUGGCACUCCGUCUAGGACGACCAUCUGGGAUCCGUGAUGCCGAGAUCACACUGCUAGCCGAGCCGGACGAGCCCCGAACCACCAGGAUCGCCCGGAUCCAGGGACAGGUUUACGAUCGGCUAUACAGCCCAGCCGGCCUACCAAUAUUAUCGGAGCGGAAAGCCCAAGCUAUGCAACUUGCUGAUGAAGAGAGCCUCAAAGAUGCCCAGGCAGACCAUAUGCGCGCUACAUAUCUCCACAGCGAUCUUGUCUGCCAUUCCUCCAUCCUGACUCUAAUUUUGAGAGCAGUUCCUUCGGCGCAACGUUCAGGAAUAACAGACGAGUGCGCUUCGGCAGCCCGUGACACGAUAGAGGCACAUCGACAGUGUAUAGAGAGUUUGCGCGGUUGCAGCGAUCCAGCAACAGUCGUCAAAUACCUCAAUUGGUGUGUGAGUUUCCUCUCAGACAUGCACGGCUGGCUGAUCUUUAUGCGCAGGGCCAUUAUCCAUGUCCCAUUCGUCCCGUUUAGCAUCAUUUUCACUUGCGUGGUACGGACCUUCAACUUCGACGACCUGGCCCUCCUGGAACGGUUUGCUGCAUCUCUUAAACCAGAGACAACAGAUGAAAACUCACCAACGCAUCCAUACCGCCUUUACGACCUCCUCUGCCAGGCAGCUAGGCUCCACAUCACCAGAACCCAGUUCUCGGCAUCGGAUCCCAACAUGACAGGAGACGAUUCAACUUUGCUGUCCGAUUUCGAGGCUUCGCAGUUCCUUGCAGAGACUACAGGGCCCAUUGAUGAUUUCGUAAAUCCCGAUCUUCUGAUGUUUGAUGCCAGCGAUUGGUAUCAAGGUAAUCAGCAUUUCAUCGGCCUUUUAGAUGAAGGUGGACUAUUUUAG